AUGCAAAUAGUUCUUCUUAACUAUCUUCAUAUCGCCGCGGUGAGGUGGCGUGGCAUGGAAAAAGAGGGCAGGCACUAGUUUAAGAAGCCCCAGCGGAGCAAUCUAGUUUUAAUAAAUACUUAGACAUUUCUAAUACGUCAGCCUUUUGAACAACAACCAGGGUGUCUAAAUGUUGCAGUGGACGUUAUAUCGCUUUCUCCAACCAGCAGUCAGUAGCUAUUUUCGAUUUCCAGCAAAAAUUAUCCCGUAGAAAGCAAACCACAGAUUACUGCAAAAGUAAUUCUAAUUAACCCUAAUUCCUAAAUUCUAGCCAUUUUAGUCAAAUUAGAUGCGAGGCAUUUUUAUUUCUCUAGUAGUGUAAAACACAGAUUCCAAAAAAAAUAGGAAAUCGGGACAACAGCGAGCUAAAUUAUUAAGCAUGCGCAGAAGAGGAGCGAGCACGGACGCGCACGCUCUCUUAGACUUGUUGGCAGUGCUCUGCAGCGCUCUCCCUUAGGAGGCUAAAUUGCUGUUGUGAUAUGUCGACGACCUCUAAGGUGGUUCUAGGAGUCUCCGUUCUGUUCUCGGGCGGAAUCGUCGCUGGUGUCCACAUCCAGCAAAAACGACUCGGAGAGUCUCUCUUCACAGGGCUUCAUUUCCAGUCCCCUGAUCAUCCUUGUUGCCUUCCUCUGAACCUGUUCCAGUUUGUCUGCAUCCUUCUUAAAGUGUGGUGUCCAGAACUGAAUACAGUAAUCAAGAGGCUGCACGAAGGAGUAUUGAGAGACCUUGAGAGGCAGAACCGUAAACAAGAAAAUCUUCGCCUUUUGGAGGAACAGGUUGCUUUGACCAAACAACUUGAAAUGGAAAGAAGCAAAAUGCUAAUAGGAAAAGAAUCCCAGCAGUAAAGGGGAAGA